UUUCUGUACAAGCUAUGGAUAUCAUUAACACACUACUGAACAUUGUGCUUCCUCCCAUCGGUCUCACCUUGCUGCUCUUCUUUCUUCCACCAUAUCUGUUUCUCAAGUUCCUCCUUUCGAUCAUAAGGCCUCUGUUUUGCGAAAACGUGGCCGGAAAAGUCAUACUCAUAACCGGAGCAUCCUCCGGCAUAGGCGAGCAUCUGGCAUACGAGUACGCUAGCAGAGGUGCUUGUCUAGCUCUUGUUGCCAGAAGAGAACAUCGACUCCAACAAGUUGCCAACAGAGCCGUGUCGAUUGGCUCACCAGACGUUCUCAUCAUUCCUGCAGAUGUUUCCAAGGUAGAAGAUUGUAAGCGCUUUGUUGAUGCGACAGUGAAUCACUUUGGACGCUUGGAUCACCUAGUGAAUAAUGCUGGGAUUGCUCCCAUCUGCAUGUUUGAAGAAACACCUGAUGUUACUAAACUAGCACCAGCCAUGGACGUCAACUUUUGGGGUUCAGUUUACAGCUCUUAUUUCGCUAUUCCUCACCUUAAACAGAGCCAAGGGAGGAUUAUAGGGAUCUCAUCUGCUGCUGGAUGGUUGCGCACACCACGUCUAAGCAUGUAUAGUGCUAGCAAAACAGCAGUGAUAAGCUUUUAUGAGACUUUGAGAGUCGAAACUGGGGAUGAAGUUGGAAUAACACUUGUGACUCCAGGGCUAGUUGAAUCAGAAAUGACUCAAGGAAAGUUCCUGAACAAGGAAGGCCGAUUGGUAUUAGAUCAAGAACUGAGAGAUGCUGAAAUGAGCUUAAUGCCUGUACUGCCUGUCAAAGAAGCUGCGGAAGCAAUUGUGGACGGUGCCUGCGAAGGAGUAAAAUACUUGACAGUACCAGCUUGGGUUAGGCAGUCAAUUUACUGGAAAGUGUUUUCACCUGAGACACUGGAGUGGUGUAAUCGGAUUCUACUAAUGAGCCGUUCAGGAGACGAGACAAAUACACUGAGUAAGAAGAUCCUGGACAUUUCUGGCUUAAAGGAUUUGGUGUAUCCAGACACAAUUCAAUCUCCUCAGAUCAGAGAACACUGAUGAAGGACAUCUUCUGGUCCAAAUAAUGUAAGCACAUAUUGCAGUUACUAAGGUAUCUUCCUCGAGGAAGAUGGACAAUCACUGUAGAGAUUUCCUACUUUACAAUCUUAAUGUAGCCUACAGUCUUGAGCUCUACUACUUUAGUUAAGCUAUUAUCUAAG